CGCACACUUUAUUUCAAACACAGACAGUCACAACUCACAAAGAUGGCGCCGAUGAAGUUAUACGGGUGGGCCGUGUCACCGUGGAUGGCGAGGGUUCUGGUCUGCCUUGAGGAGGCUGGCGCCGAUUACGAGCUCGUGCCGAUGAGUAGGAGCGGCGGUGACCACCAGCAGCCGGAGCACCUCGCCAGAAACCCCUUCGGUGAGAUCCCAGUGCUGGAGGAUGGCGAUCUGACGCUUUACCAAUCCAGGGCCAUCGCGAGGCACAUUCUCCGCAAAUACAAACCCGAGCUUCUAAGAUCAGGCAACCUGGAGGAAUCCGCGAUGGUGGACGUGUGGGUCGAUGUGGAUGCCCACCAGCUCGAGCCCAUAAUACGGCCCGUGGUUUUCAACGUCAUCAUCAAGCCGUUCACGGGGAGCGACUGCGACCAGGAUCUCGUGGACGAGAGCAUCGAGAAGCUGAAGAAGACGCUGGAGGUGUACGAGGCGAGGCUGUCGAGCUCGAAGUAUCUGGCGGGCGAUUUCGUGAGCCUGGCGGACCUCAGCCACUUCUCCUUCAUGCGGUACUUCAUGGCGACCCAGUAUGCGGAAGUGGUCGAAGCGUACCCGCACGUCAAGGCCUGGUGGGAGGCGCUGCUGGCAAGGCCAUCCGUGAAGAAGGUGAUGGCCGGCAUGCCUCCGGAUUUUGGAUUCGGGAGUGGGAACAUACCGUAACAAGGCAAGAUGGUCAUGUGUGCAGCUCCAGUCUCUCGGAAUGCAUUCCGGAAUAAAAUGUCCUUCUGUUGUCAAACAAAUCGAUAGUUCCGACAUGAAUACCACUUGUUCUGAAUUAUAAAAUGUAAUGGAGUAUUUUAAUGUGGAUUACAUAUGGACUGAAAGGAGCGAACACACA